AUGGCAAAUCCGGCUGUCCUUCGGAUCAUUUUUGGUGACGCGUCUGACUCUAGAAAACUGCACCUACCUUAUGGAAUUCCGGCAUCAGUGGAAGAACUACAUGUGCUAAUAAAGACAUUUUUUCAAUUGAAAGAGGAUUUCCGCAUUCAAUUCAUGGAUUCUGAUUUUAAUGAGUUCAUGAAUCUAACUUCAGUGUCUGACAUUCAAAACAAAAGCACGCUGAAAAUAAUCUGUAAUCCUAUCUUGUCACCUGUGGAGCCCUGCAUCACUUUGUACACAAUAGACUCUUUUAGUGAGACCUCGGCUAACACUUGCUCAGAGCCUGAAACCCCUGUUUCGUCAAUAGCCUCAUCCUGCAGUGACGAUACGCUGUACACAUCAACACCACAUUCAUCCCCAGAAACUCGGCCCUCACGAUUGCCCUCCUGGCCAAAUGUUUUUCUAGUCCCUAAAUUCACCUAUGAAGCUGAAUUUGAACUACAACAGAAAAACACAGAGUUUGAGACCAAUGGAACAUACUUCAACCCUGGCCCAAAGCUAAAAGGGGUCAUCCUUGAUGGCCUUGCGCAAGAAAUGAUGAAAUACGCUAAGUAUCCAAAAGACUACCAGUGUGAAGAGGUAGCAGCAGCUUUGACAAGGGCUCAUCCAUGUCUGGGGCAGCUGGGAUCCAAGACAGGAUCUUGGGGAUGGAAAAAGUCGCUUAAGUAUAAAAUGCAAAACUUUCGUACGAAACUUGGCCGACUUAGACAUCCCGAAAUCCGUUUGAACUCUUUGAAACACAAACGAGAGGGUCAAGGCAAAGCUGCAGCCAACAUCAAGAAGCCUAGAAAGGCUGAAGUUAACUAUAUUCCUCUGCACCCAAAAGGCGAGACCACAGAAAGCUUGGAGAAUGAGAGAAUUGCUUUAUUGUCAGAGCUGAAAAAGCGUGACAAUGAAGUGGUGAUAAAAAAAAAAAUGGGAAAAACCUUCUCCCACAGACGACUAGAGAUUGUGGAGCAGAGGCCCCUGAUAGAAGAUUUCGUAAACAGAUGGCCUGCCUUAUUCCAGCAGAGUGAAGUAAAUGCAGAGUUUAUGAGGAUCACCACCAAGCCACUGCAGUCAAACUUCAUGUCACAGCUGGACCACUUCUCAAACAAGCUGAUGCAGAUAUUUAAGAGCAAAGGAGGAGUGAAGGGGCAGAGGAUUAAGGAAGUCCUGUCUAUCACAGAUUUGGCACCGGCGACCGAGGAUGCAGAAAGGGACCUAGCAACCACAGUCAUGGGGAUUUAUGUGAUCCGAAGUGAUGGGGAUCAGGAGCCUGAGGACGUUGGAGUUGUGAUUGAAGGCAUCAAAGUCCUGAGCAACUUGGGCAGUGUCAUCAUGGGCUUCAUAAUGCUUUUUGGGCUCAUUUAUGCCCUUGAUCUGAGUUUUCCAGACAACCUCAAAUACACCUUCGAGUUUUUCCAGAAGAUCAUAAUGAAUUUGGAUGGGCACAAGCUGAAUGCAAAGAUACAACAGUUGAAAAUCAAGCUGUUUGCAUAAGAGGACAAAACCAUUGAUGGAGGGUUUAAGACUGAGAUUACUUGGGAUUGGACAAGUGUUUACAUCCAGAAAAUUUGCCCAUUUCACCUCCAUCAUAAUUUCUUGACUCCACCUCCUCCGUACCAUUCCUCUCUACUUAUUUGACUUCAUGACUGUCGAGAGGUAUUAAAAUUGAUCUAAAAACAGCUCAAUGCGCUGUAUUUGUCUUGGAUUGUUAGUGGCCAAAUUACAACAGCUGAAAAUCAAGCUGUUUGCAUAAUAGGACAAAACCAUGUGACGAUCUCCUUUGAUGGAGGGUUUAAGACUGCGAUUA